AGACGAGAGGGGCGUGUCAAUAUUAACACGUUAUAUUGUCUAAAGAGACCUUUUGAAAGGAAAGGAUAUCGUACAAUGAUACAACACCACCCAUCCCUCCAUCUUCAACCUCCAAUCUAACAUCCAUUCUGCAACCUCACCACCACAACAAUGACAAUAACCAACACCCUCUCAUCACCACCACCACCACUCCAAUUCACCCUCACACCAUCCCGCAAAACCCUCUAUUCCAUUUCCACCCCAUUCCUCCCCCUCAAUCUCCAAACCCUAACUCCAAUCCACCUCAAAUCCACCCACCACCCUCGCCGUACCACCCUCACCGUCGCCAAAUCCACCGGCACCGACUCUCCAGACGGCCCAGACCGGCUAAUCUCCGCCCUAUGCUACUUCUACCCGUUCUUCGACGGCAUCCAGUACGGCAAAUACGCAAUCAAUCAAUUCUCCUUCAUUCAAACCCUAAUUCAACCACUGGUGCCUGCAAUUAGAGUGUAUAAAAGCGUGCCGUUCAACGGUGUGCUUGUGUUUCUGACUCUUUAUUUUGUUGUUGUUAGAAACCCUAAUUUUAGUAGGUAUGUUAGGUUUAAUGCUAUGCAGGCUGUUGUGCUUGAUGUGUUGUUGAUUUUUCCUGAUUUGUUGGAGAGAGGGUUUGAGGCUAAAGAUGGUGUGGGGUUGGGGUUGUUGAUGAGUGUUGAUAGUACUGUGUUUUUGUUUAUGUUGGUUUCUUUGGUUUAUGGGUGUUCUUGUUGUUGUUUGGGGCAACUUCCUAGGUUGCCUAUUGUUGCUGAGGCUGCUGAUAGACAAGUUAUGUAAUGUAAGUGAACAAAUGUUUGUGUUUUUUUUAAUGUUGGGUUUUAAAUUUUUUGGAUUGUGAA